UGUGAUGAGUAGAUGAUGAGUAUGAUGUGAGUGUUGUAUGGUAGGACUUGUGAUGAGUAGAUGAUGAGUAUGAUGUGAGUGUUGUACGGUAGGACUUGUGAUGAGUAGAUGAUGAGUAUGAUGUGAGUGUUGUAUGGUAGGACUUGUGAUGAGUAGAUGAUGAGUAUGAUGUGAGUGUUGUAUGGUAGGUCUUGUGAUGAGUAGAAGAUGAGUAUGAUGUGAGUGUUGUAUGGUAGGACUUGUGAUGAGUAUGAUGUGAGUGUUGUAUGGUAGGACGAUGAGUAUGGGCAGGCUGGAUGAGUAUGAUGAUGAUGUGAGUGAUGUGUGGUAGGACUUGUGAUGAGUAUGAUGAUGAUGUGUGUUGUAUGGUAGGACUUGUGAUGAGUAUGAUUAGUAUGGGCAGGCUGGAUGAGUAGUAUGAAGGAGGUGUGAUUGUGGGAGGUAGGUAGGUAUGGAUUGGGCGUGUAGCUGAGAUCAGUGCCAUCUAUCCCUGUGUAGGAUGAUGAUGAUGAUGAUCCAGGCUCCUCUAUAGAGGGCACACAUCCCGUCCAUUGUAGCUGGUAUCUCUCUCUCCCUCUCUCUCUCCUGAGCCGCCCCCCUCCCUGUCUGUGAAGGUCAUUACAGGCAGCCAGUGUUGGUCCAAUAUAGCGCAUGCGCCCGGGUCCGGGGACUGGCAGAGACAAGAGAGAGGCGGGCGGCACAGCCUGUACAGAGCACGGAGCCGGGGAGACACACACAGGAAACAUGGCGAGGAUGCCUGGCAGCGGGGACUGUAACCCGGGCACGGCGGACAGCGAACCCCUGGCACGGAGCGCCCAGCACCGGCUACAGCCUGGCAGUGCCGGGGAAGAAGAAGAGGAGGAAGAUGAGGAGGAGGAUGAGAUCCAGGAGGUGCGGAUCAUCACAGGGGAUGAUGAAGAGGAGGAGGAGGAGGACGAUGAGCUGCUGCUGCUGGAGGACGAUGAUGAUGAUGAUGAGGAGGACCUGGAGUGGGAUGAAGGGGCUCUCCUGGGCUCCCCCUAUGCUCACUCCCGGGGGCCCGCUGUCAUCUCUCAGCCUCCUUGCUCCGGUAUGGUGCUGCAGUUGCGGCCCGGGGAGGACGGAGGGGGAGGAGGAGGCGGCGGUGGUGGAGUGAUCUGUGGCGGGAGUUCGCCGUCCUCGGAGCGGCCGGAGAGAGCCCGUCUGAGUGAGAACACGCGGCUGGCCACCCGCUACGCCGUGCGCAUCUUCCGCGAGUACCUGAGCGAGAAGGCGCAUUGCCCGGACUUCGAGAGUAUGGACAAGGAGGCGCUGUGCCGGGUACUACGCUCCUUCUACGCCGAGGCCAGGUCUAAGAGCGGCCAGCUCUACAGCAAGUCUUCCCUCAUCAGCAUCCGCUCUUCCCUCAACCGCUACCUGAACGAGCCACCCUACUGCCGCACCUUGGACCUUACCAAGGACCCCGAACUACGCUCUGCCAACCUCACCCUGGCCGCUGUCAUCCGCAAGUUGGAGGAGCAGGGUGCGGGGCCGGUGGUGCAAAAGCAGGCCAUCACCCGGCAGGACCUGAGGAAGCUCUACACAUCUUGUGUCUUCAGCGCCUCGUCCCCCUUUGGCCUCCUCAACAAGGUCUGGUUCGAGACCUGUAUGUACUUUUGCACCCGGGGUCGUGAGAACCAGCGAGAGCUGGAGGAGGACUCCUUCGGCCUGGCCAUGGACGAGGACGGACGCCGAUUCGUCUACUUCAAAGCGCUGGGGCCGUACCACAAGUCUCGCUCCUCCUCUUCGUCUUCGUCAUCCUCCUGGGGGAAGAAGCGGACCGGCACCGAGGGGGACGAGGAGAACCUCCCGCGCAUGUACGAGACUGGCACAGAGUUCUGCCCCUACGCCAGCUUCGUUAAGUACCUGGCCAAGCGCAACCCCCUGUGCAAGGCCUUCUUCCAGAGACCCCGGGACCACUGCAACGAGGCCGACGUCACCUGGUACGAGAACAAGGCCAUUGGGAAGAACCUGCUGGGCACCCGCAUGCAGAUGUUGUCUAAGGCCGCCAAGCUGUCCAAGACGUACACCAACCACUGCAUCGGGGCCGUGUCUGUGGCCACCCUCAACAGCAUCGCUGGUAUAGGCACCAAGCUGGGGCCGCCCUACUUCUCUGAAGCGGUCAACGGUGCCCGGCACAGGCCUGCCGCCCCCAACCCCUUCAUUCUGCCCAAGGCCAAUGGAGGAGGGGGGCUGCUCGAGCCGAAGAGCGAGGCCACCAAGAGACCAUUGUAUGACUCUGGACAGGCCAUGUACAUGGCUGGGGAACCCCCUUCUCCAAAGAGACUCUGUGUGCGAUCUGCAGAGCCUUCAGACUGUGUCCUGGUAGUGUCUGUCAAGAGUGACCAUCAACCAUCCUGCCCCGACACCAAUGGCCACAUGGUGCUAGCCGCCUCACCUGCUGUCACUUCCCCUUCACUGAUGUCCCCUGUACAGGACACUCGACCCAACAUGUCCAGACCUAUGAUCACCAGAUCACCUGCUUCUCCUCUGAACAAUCAAGGCAUUCCUACCCCAGCUCAGCUCACUAAAUCCAAUGCGCCAGUUCACAUUGAUGUUGGUGGUCACAUGUACACAAGCAGUUUGGCGACACUAACAAAAUACCCAGAAUCCAGAAUCGGGAGGCUAUUCGAUGGAACAGAGCCCAUUGUUUUGGACAGUUUAAAGCAGCAUUACUUUAUCGAUAGAGAUGGCCAAAUGUUUCGUUAUAUAUUGAACUUUUUACGUACAUCAAAACUCCUCAUCUCUGAUGAUUUUAAAGAUUACACUCUCCUGUAUGAAGAAGCCAAGUACUUCCAGCUUCAGCCAAUGCUUCUGGAGUUGGAGCGAUGGAAGCAGGACAGAGAGGCAUGCCGUUUCUCCAGGCCUUGCGAGUGUCUGGUCGUCAGGGUGGCUCCGGAUCUUGGAGAAAGGAUUACACUGAGUGGAGAAAAGUCUCUAAUAGAGGAAGUUUUUCCUGAAAUUGGUGACGUGAUGUGUAAUUCUGUCAAUGCGGGCUGGAACCAUGACUCCACACAUGUUAUUAGAUUUCCACUCAAUGGAUACUGCCACCUCAACUCUGUUCAGGUGCUGGAAAGGUUGCAGCAGCGAGGAUUUGAGAUUGUGGGCUCCUGCGGUGGAGGAGUUGACUCUUCUCAGUUUAGUGAAUAUGUACUGAGACGAGAACUGAAAAGGACAUCACGCGCACCUUCUUCUGUUAUUCGAAUAAAGCAGGAGCCCUUAGACUGAGCAGAGACACUUUUCUUAUGCAAAAUGGGACAAUUUCUGUGCAUCUGGGACACAGGUUCCAGAAUCAACGCAGAUACUAAGACAUUUCCGUCACCUCAAAAGACAUCAAAUGCUGUUAUUUACACAGCAACAUCAGGAACACACAGCAGGACGGCUACUACAGGACAUAAAAAUGUAGAAAUAAUAAUAAAAAAAAAAAAAUAGCCCAUAACAUUAUGAAAGGGUACUGUAAUAACUACACAUUAUUCACAACUGAUGCUGUACAUUAGAUAAUAUACCAUAAGUUUUAUGUUCAUGUUUUUAUUCUUUGCAUUACAGAGAUUUAGCCACAGAAAAUAUCCUUCUAAGAUUUGAGAGGCUCAUGGCAAAGAAAAACCACUAUAUUCAUUUUCUGCUGCAUUUAAAACAGAACAGUGUCAUAGUAGCCUGAGAACUGUAUGAACUUAGAACAAAAGACUGUGAUGCCACACAUAGAAGCUAAUGUGACGUCUGCUUUUUAUUUUCCAUCUGGUAAUGGAAACAUGAUAGCUGGAAUCUAAUUGGCUGCUAUGGGCAACACCCCAAAUUUCCAUGUGUUAUCUUUUAUAAACAGGCCCAUUAUGUUUACUGGCUUUACAUUCCACAAUGCCAGGAGACUACCAUGGGUAUAUAAAGCAAACAACUGUGGGCAUUGUUGGCAUUUUACUGCAAUUACUCACUUGUUUAAAGUGUAUGUCUAGGCAAAGUAAAAAAAGUGCAUCUCUGCAAUAAAUGCACAGUUCCCCAUGUUCCAUCUCUUGCCACAACUAUACCUGCUGAUCCUGCCAGAAUGCCUGAGUUCUCUCUUGUUACACUAGGAAUUCCUCCCCUAUGUGCUAUGAAGAUGAGAGGAGGAGAGCUUUGUAGUUCAGCGGAGAGGAACGUCAGCAAGGCUGACACCGCACUGCUUGGGAUUGAGUGCAGCAGAGGCAGCUCAUUAAAGGAAGCUAGGAGCCCACUGGAUUUCUGGGAGGAUCAACAGACAAAACGCAUAAGGGUUUGUGCAUGCUUUUCAGAGAAGUACUGAGUGUGUUUGGGGUUUUAUUAUCCCGGACAUACACAAAGCAGUAAAAUACCCAAUUAUUUAAUAAUGAGUGAAAAUGUUUAAUUUCCAGUCUUUGUAGAUGUUCUUAUUUGUAUUUCUGGGUUUCCUAAGGUAGAAAUGAUUAUUGGCAAUGUACAGGUGGUUAAUAUAUUUGUACUUUUUUAAGCUCAUUUAAAGUGUAGGUCAAGCCAAAACUUUUGAAUAGCACGGGGAAAGAUUAGAACUUGUGUUGGGUUUUGGUUCUGCUAACCGGGGACAUGCGAGAUUUCCCCUCACUUACUGCCCUGCUGACUACCUUUUACCAGGCAAUGAUGGGAACUCUUCAAUAGAAACACAGACAGAAAUGUCACACUUUUUAGUAGCAUGGGAAAGACUAGAACCCCUGAUUUUGGAUUUCUGUUGCAGAAUUUUCCUCCCUCCUGUCUGCAGAAAAUGUUGGCACGUUGGUGGUAAUCUUUCUAAUGGAGUCCCUCAGAGUAGUAAUCCUUACAUACUAUUAUCUAGACCUAAAAAAUGUUUUGGGUUGGCAUACACAUUAAUUUAGCUGGAACAAUAUUUUGAUCUGUAUCUGAUCUUUAUGGUGAGGUUGUGAAACCUUUUUCUCUAAAAGCAAAAAAAAAAA